GCAUGCUUUUUUUGGUUCCUAAAAAAACCCCAAAAAACAAAACUCUCAGCUAUAAGUUGUUUCUACAUCUACUUUGUUGUAAUGGGAAAAAAUUCUUUAUAGACAUUUCUGCAAGUGGUGACUGGAAGAUUCUAGUGUCUCACUGAACUCCAAGAGCUGGGGUGCAUCUAUGACCGACUUCCCCUGCAUGUGCUCUGACCAAUCAGAAGUAAAAAUAUACAUUACUUAAAAAACCAAAAAUCCUAAAGCAGCCAUUCUUUCAAACUUCAGUUACUUCCUAGAGUAUUCUGCAUUCAAGCUUCCAUUAAAAAAUGAACAUUUCUUAGUAAGAAAAAGAGUACUGCUCUAUCUGAAAUGUACUUGCAAUUUGAAAGGUUCUGCUUUAAAAGAAAUAAAGCAUCUACUUCAGCAGUUUAGGAUAUAGAAUGGAAGGAUGAUGAAUAACUAGCAACACUUAAAAAUGUAUUUAAAGCAAGCACAUCGAGUUUGAAUUGAGAAAAGCAUUAUUUGUAUUCCCAUGGUGUUAAAGGAUUUUAAUGGAGAAAUUUAUCAGAGAGAGAGGUUCAGCAGUUCUUGGCAUAUGCCAUGUAAAAGCUACUUGCAGUCAAGGUCCCUCUGAACAGCCAAUGCUAAUUUUGUUAAUGUUAAAGUAGCUUUGUUGAACAUAUUGUAGUGUUUUUUUGGGUUAUUAGAUUAGAAAUUUAAAAUUAAUGAAUACUAAUCCCAUUUUUGGCACUGGAAACCUAUGGGUUUUUUGGAUGCCAUUUGAUGCCUCUGCCUUACUUGUUAAGUGGCAAUACUAGUGUUUGCUUAUCUCAGAGGUGUCUAGAAGGUGACCUCCCAGAUAGUAUUUUUUUGUUAUUGUUAUUAGAAUUGUUUUUUGAGGUAUUCUGUCAUUUUAAUGACAGUUCCCAGGCUUGACCAGAAGUGCCAUUCAACAUUUUUUGCCUUAUUCCACAGAAGUGUAAACAUUCUGCAACAGUCUUUCUUCUGGUCACAACAGAUAAAAAGACAAAAAAGGAGAAGUGAAAAUAGAUCUCCUUUUCAUUCGGACCCUUAACAGAAAACAAGUGAACAUCUUUCUUUCUGCCCAGUUCAGUGUGAAUUUGUAUGCUGAUGGGGGACUCUCCUUUAUGGCUUGUUCAAGCUCUGGCUUGUUCAGAGCACAGAUUUGUUCCUAAUAUGUUAAAGGGAAGGUUUGCCAUUGAGUAAUGGGAAAUCAGAAAAAAAUCAGGAAAGAAUUUCAAAGUGAUUUUUGUGCCUUUCAGCUAACUAAUUUUUACAACAGUGUGUGGUUGGAAGAAUUCAAUGAUAUGGCCACAGUUGUCUCAGUUUUGCUAUGAGUCUUUGCUGAGCAAUUAUAUAUGUUUAGAUAACAUUUACUUUUAUGGUAAAGCAGUGUGAAGGUAAUUAGCACUAAACAUCUCCAGUGGUGCUAUGGUAGAGUCAUAUUAUUUGCAUAGAUCUUUUUUCCAAUAAUUUUAAGCAGAUAGAUUGACUAAGCUUAUAAACAGAACAGGGAAAAGUGUAAAAAAUAAAAAGGAAGUGAGCAUUACUAAUUCCUCUUUAUCACUAUUCCUGUUUUAAAUGGUGUUUCUGUAAAAAGCAUAUUCAAAGGUAAUAUGACUACUUUGGGGGGGUACAGUAUUUAAUAAUUAAGAAUUCAUGAUGUUAAUGCAGGCACCUUGAAAGAAUCUGGUGAGAAACAUAAAGGAUACGUUGAAAUUCCUAGCCUGUCAGAAGAAAAUGAGGUGGAUGAUAUAGAGAUAAAUAUAAGCAAAAAGAAAGGAGAGGGAGAUGUGCUAAAGGAUCUUAUGAAAACUGAAGGAACUGUGAAAGUAAGAGAGGCACUCAAGGAGUAUCUGAAAGCUCUUAAAACAGAUUUUACCCUAGGAAUGAUCUUGCCAACCAAAACUACAGUUGGCCAAGAACUGGCAGUUGAAAGAAAACUGGAUGGGAGUACUGUUCAGUUUGUUUUACAGGAUUCUGUUUCGCCAAUUGGCAUAAAAAUUCCAACUGUCAAAAUUCUUAUGAAAGAGAUGUUUGCCUCUUCAGCAGAGGAGCUUUAUAGCAUCUUUACAACUAAGGAGCUGGUGCAGAAGUUUUCUAAAUGCCCCGCUUUGAUUGAUGCAGAAAAAGGAGGAAAACUUCAGCUCUUUAAUGGUUGUGUUACUGGUGAAUAUGUGGAACUGUUACCCUCUCAAAGGAUUGUCAUGAAAUGGAGAUGCAGGAACUGGCCUGAUGAACAUUAUGCAACUGUUGCUUUGAAUUUCAAGGAUAUGGCAACUCAGACUGAAUUGCAGUUAGAAUUAAAAGGAGUCCCUGUCUGUAAUGAAGGUGAUACAAGGCAAUGUUGGCAGAAGCAAUAUUUUGAAGAAAUACAUAUUUUACUGCAGCAGUCUGAAGUAAAUACUAAAUGAUAUUAGUGCUGCAGCUGUAUUAGGGCAUUAUGUUUCUAAAGCUUUAAUUUUUUUUGUUCUUUCCCCAUUUUUUAAAAAUAUUUAUGAGAGAUGAAUAAAGACAGACCUGCAUCUGUGAUACUGUAUAUGAUUUUCCAUCUAUGGAUCCUUUGUGAAUGUGAUGUCUUUUAAUUAGGAUUACAAAUUUACAGAGUUUUGAGAACUGAUCAUUGUUCUGUUUAUCUACAAUUUAACAGCUUUGGGGAGCGUGAGUAUGACUCAGCUGCAGUAGACUUUGUGGUACCACAUCACAUGUGCAAACCAACCCAAUAGUUACUAUCUAUGGCUUGCUUCUAGACCAUGUAGGUUAGACCAAAUAAGUGAUGUGUAUUCUUAAAAAUUUCCCAGUAUGAAAUGUACUGCUCAUUAAGAAGUGAACUGGAAGGGCUUUUAAAACAGACCCAUGCACUGUUUGAUCUUAGAGGAGAGUUUGUGGUAAAGUGAAAUGCAGCACUAUUUCUUUAAACAGUCGGAGGGAAAAACUGAGCUACAGACUUUUGCAAGUGACCUCAUAGCUAUGUACAAUAUUGAUGUAUAUUUACUGUAUUUCUUACCAUGGUAUCUUAAGGCUGAUAAGAUAAUGCAGGCCAACAGUUAUGCUAUUAGAAUGCUCUUCUUUGAUUUGUUUUCCUUAGGUGGUAUUUGAUGUCUUUUGCUUUAUCAAAGAAACCAGGGUGGCUGAAUGUGAUGUUUUAACUUCUGUAUCUUAAUGAGUCUUGAGGAUUAAAUCAGAUGCAAUGGAUCUGUAGUUGUGCUCCACUGCUACACUUUUUAAAAUGGAAGACAGAAAACUGAGUUUCUGUGGUGGGAUAGGUAGGCUGAGUAUUGUUUGGUUUCCUUCCUCCUCUCUUUAAAAAUGGACAAAAGAAGUAGGAAUGGAUCAAUGUCCCAGGCUAAAGCCCGGCACUGUAUUAAUCACUAUGUUAAUGGGAGUUUUCCCUGAAUAUGAACUGGAAGGUUAAGUCUCACAUUAGACUUUAGGUUCCUGUCUGGUGGUAUUGGUGGAAAUAACACCUCACCCAGGAGCAGGAGUGUCCUGUGCGUUAGUUCUCUAUGUUGUCUUACCCUGACAGUCAGUUCUGUCAAGAAGCUUCCUCUCUGCAAACCUUGUUCAUCUUAGGUUGUGGCAGAAGAGGGGGCAGCAUUCCCCAUAUCUGGUUACCAGGUUGCAGCUCAAAAGGAUGCAGCUUGUGCUAAGAAAUGCUGAUAUGCCUUCCUCCUUUUCCCUGUCACAUCUUCUGACUACCCCAGGGUGGGGGGGGGGCGGAAAUGCUGCCAACAAGUUGUGAAACUGAAGUCUGUUGCAUGAUAGGGUAGAUUGGGCUCUUUAACCCUGAUUGGCAGCCAGUCCAAGAGUGAAGCCCUGAUAGAUGGACAAAUGGAUGAUCUUUGCUCUGGCAGCUCCUGUAGCGAAGCCAAUUCCAAACAUACUGGCAGCUGCCUUUCCAGCAAGUGUCUGUAUAUGCACUGCCCAGGCUUUUGCACCCUGGAAAGGUGAUUCUGGUUUCACUUUGUUUUCAAGCAAGGAUUAUAUUCAGCAACCUGAUGUCUCACGUGGCAUAAUUCUAUUGUCUCAAGAGACAGAUACCUACUACUGUCUUAAAGAGCCAUAGAUAGCACUACUGUUGUCUUCUGUUGGAGUUCUGUUAAUUUAAAUUUAUAUACAUAGAGCCUCUCCUUUCACUUUAAAAACCAUUCCAGCUAAGGGGGUGUAAAUGAAUGCAACCGGUGAAAUCCUGAAUCAGAUGCUCAGCAGAGUAAGCGUGAGGGACCAUGCCCCGACUAAUUGUGUAAUAUUGGAGUAACAGUUCUGUACGUGAAAGUUAGCUGGGAUGUUUGGUUAGAAUUCUUUUGCACUGAACUUUUUUUAAUAAACUAUUGGAAUAGGAAAUGUGUGACUUUACCGUGCAGUUUGCAGCUUUGCAACACUUAAUGAAGGAAGGCAGUGAUAAAGACGUGACGCAAAAUAUGAUAAAGAAAUGAUGCAAAAUAUGGGAGUAUUUCUUACUGUGCAUCUGUUUCAGGUGAGAAAUCUGAAGAACUGUAAAUUUAAUGCACAAAAAUAGCAAUUGAACAUGUCAAUAAAAAAAUUGAAACAAG